UCAAGUGUUCUUGCAUCAACACAUGGGCAUGGCUCCCCUCUUCCGCUCGUUGCCUCUCCUCGUCCUCCUAGUCACCCUCUCCAGCACCACAUUACCUUCCUCCCGUGCUAUGUCCGGCGAUGGAGACGACCAUGACCUGCUGAUGCUGGGUAGGUUCCACCGGUGGAUGUCAGCGCAUGGCCGGACGUACCAUAGUGCCGCCGAGAAGCUGCGGCGGUUUGAGGUGUACCGUCGCAACGUGGACCUCAUCGAUGCCUCCAACAGGGAGGCCGAGAGGCUCGGCUAUGAGCUCGGUGAGAACGAGUUCACCGACCUCACUAAUGAGGAGUUCAUGGCGCGGUAUGUCGGUGGCGCUUAUGGUGGAGCCCGUGAUGGUGGUGGUCUCAUCACUACUUUAGCCGGAGAUGUUGCAGAGCAGGCAGUAUCAUCCAAGAAUGCCGUCGAGGAGGAUCGUAAUUUAACGAUGACCGCCGCUGACCCUCCCCGGCAGUUCGACUGGAGGGAACAUGGUGUUGUCACGCCUGCCAAGCAACAAGGGGCAUGUGGAUGCUGCUGGGCAUUUGCUGCAGCGGCGACGGUGGAGAGCUUGAACAAGAUAAAGGGCGGGGAGCUGGUUGACCUGUCCGUGCAGGAGCUGGUUGACUGCAGCACGGGUGUGUUCAGCUCGCCAUGCGGCUACGGGUGGCCCAAGAGCGCACUCGAAUGGAUCAAAUCAAAAGGCGGCCUCUUCACGGAGGCCGAGUACCCCUACUUGGCCAAGCGAGGCAGAUGCGCGGUGCACGACGCAGCCCGCCGCCUCGGCAAAAUCACCGGCGUCCAGAAUGUACGGCCGGGCAGCAGCGAGAGCGCGCUGGCGCUGGCCGUGCUCGGGACGCCCGUGACUGUCCAAAUCGACGGGAGCGGCCCCGUGCUGCAGAACUACAAGUCCGGCGUGUACAAGGGGCCGUGCACCACCAGCCAGAACCACGUGGUGACGGUGGUCGGCUACGGGGUCACCGGCGCCGGAGAAGAGUACUGGAUCGCCAAGAACUCGUGGGGGCAGACAUGGGGUCAGAAGGGCUUCUUCUUCGUGCGCAGAGGAGCCGACGGGCCCCGCGGGCUGUGUGGCAUCGCCAUGUACGGUGCCUACCCCGUCAUGUAGUUAGUGCUAUAUCAUAAUAGUCUGCGCGCUGGGUAUACUACAUAUGACGCGCAGCGUAAUGUGGAAUUAAAAUAAGCUGCAUCAAUGCAUGUGCACGCACAUGCUGACUGUGAACGAUGAUGCCACGGAUACCUAUGGCUGGAUCUACGCUAAAUUACUUUGGCACCGUACCUGUAGAUGAUACGAUAUAUUACUAUAUAUAUUUGUGUGGCCCUACGUGUGGUGUUACGUCUAUGUUUUGUCAGGUGUAUGUGUUUGAAAUGUAAGUGCAA